UGUACUGUCUGUUUAUUUUAUUUUUAAGAAACACAAACAAUUUAAACAUUAAUCCCUCACUCACUCCUCCCCAUAUCUGUAACCUGCCCUUUUUGUUUAGAAGAGUUUCGUUUGCCGUAAGUUUGCAUUUUCUGAUUGUGUGAGUAACUUAACAAACAAAUAUAAAACAAUUGCAGUGACAGUUCAUUAGAACCUGAAAGGGCAAACAUUGAAAAUUUCUAUUGUCUCCCACAAUUUUAUUUGUUUUUCAGUAGCAGGUUUCAUGCGCAUAGCCUGUUUACUGCUGUAUACUUGCUAUUUUCAGUUUCUGGGGUACUGAAAGCAAAGCAAACUAUUUUUUAAUAGUUUGUUGAAAGGUGAAAGUUAUUGUUCUACGGUGGUGGUGGUGGUUUUGUUUAUAGAUUUAUGGAAUUAUUGGUGUUGCCGCCUCGCAGAAGCCAAAAGUAGCCGCAGAAACAUUUAUGAUACAAAAUUGGUUGAAUUAAAGGUCAGAGAGAAAAGGGUUUUGGGGUAGUUGGUCUUGGAGGGGGUUAGGUACUGUUUCUUUUUUGUUCUUUCUGCUAUUUUUGGCCUAAUCCAAAAAUGGGAUUUGGUUUUCUUGGUUCUUUUUUGCUUCUAACGCUGUUCUUUAAGCCUUUGGUUUCUGAACAACCCAAUACAGAUGGGUCAUUUAUCUUUGAUUUCUUGCAAAAAAUGUACUCAAAUUCUUCCAAAGAUUAUAACUUUUCUGGCCCUUUUUGUUCAUGGAGGGGUGUGUCUUGCGAUACCAAAAGAGAGAAUGUUGUGAAAUUGGAAGCAACUAGUUUCGGUUUGUCUGGUGUGAUUCCUGACAACACAAUCGGGAAAUUGACAAAGCUUGAAACUUUGGAUCUGAGUAGUAACAAAAUCACUGCUUUGCCAUCUGAUUUCUGGAGUUUGGGUACACUGAAGAAUCUUAAUCUCUCCUUUAACCAAUUUUCUGGAAAUCUCCCUAGUAGCAUGGGCAAUUUUGGUCGACUCCAAAGUUUGGAUCUCUCUUUCAACAAUUUCUCUGGGAGUAUCCCUGAAGCAAUAAGCUCUCUAGUCAGCUUGCAAGUUCUCAAUCUCAGUCAGAAUGGAUUUGACUCAACCAUUCCUUUGGGGAUCUCACAAUGCAGAUCCUUGGUUUCCAUUGAUCUUUCCAAGAACAAGCUCAAUGGCUCUCUUCCUCGUGAUUUUGGUGCUGCAUUGACGAAGCUGGAAUUCUUGAACCUGGCUGUUAAUGAGAUUGAGGGCCGAGAUACGAAUUUUUUGGGGAUGAAAUUUAUCAGAUAUCUUAAUAUUUCAGGUAAUCUUUUUAAGGGUUCAGUUGUUGAUGUCUUUGAAGGGCCUCUGGAGGUGAUUGAUUUGAGCAGAAACCAAUUUCAAGGCCACAUUGCUGAGGUAAAUUUCAGUUCCACCUUCAAUUGGUCCAAGUUGGUUUACUUGGAUUUAUCUGGUAAUCAGCUUAGUGGAAAGUUUUUCAGUGGCUUGAUUUAUGCUCCUAAUCUCAAAUACCUUAAUCUUGCUCAAAACAGAUUCACCAAACAACAAUUUUUGUCAAUUAAUAUGCUCUUCAAUUUAGAGUAUCUAAAUUUGUCUAGUACUAAUUUGAUUGGUGAAAUUCCGAGUAAUAUCUCAUAUUUGAGUAGUUUGAAAACCCUUGAUCUUUCAAAAAACCAUUUGAGAAACCAUAUUCCUCCUUUCGGUAUCAAGAACCUUCUAGUUCUUGAUGUUUCUUACAACAAUUUAACCGGAGACAUCCCAUUGAUGCUUUUAGGAGGACUCCGAGAGAUGGAGAGGUUUAAUUUCUCUUAUAACAACCUAAGCUUUUGUGGUUCACAAAUUCCAUCUGAAACCCUCCAAUCCGCUUUCAUUGGGUCGAUGAACAGCUGCCCUAUUGCUGCAAACCCAGCCUUCUUUAAAAGGAAAUCUCAGAAGCAUAGGGGACUAAAGCUUGCCCUGGCUCUUACCCUCUCAAUGGUUUCUCUGCUUGUGGGGUUGCUCUUUUUAGCCUUUGGAUGUCGAAGAAAAACCAGAAAUUGGACAGUGAAACAGAAUUCCUAUAAAGAAGAACAAACUAUCUCGGGACCCUUCUCGUUCCAGACUGAUUCAACCACUUGGGUAGCUGAUGUUAAGCAAGCAACGUCUGUUCCAGUUGUAAUCUUUGAAAAGCCGUUGCUUAAUUUUACAUUUGCAGACCUCUUGACUGCAACUUGUCACUUUGAUCGGGGCUCGUUGUUGGCUGAAGGGAGAUUUGGGCCGGUUUAUGGUGGACUAUUACCGGGAGGAGUUCAUGUGGCUGUUACAGUUCUAGUCCAUGGUUCGAUUAUAACUGAUGAUGAAGCUGCAAGAGAGCUUGAGUAUCUUGGUCGAAUAAAACAUCCUAAUCUUGUUCCUCUAACUGGAUAUUGCUUGGCUGGAGAGCAGAGGAUUGCGAUUUAUGAGUACAUGGAAAAUGGAAAUCUACAAAACUUGCUGUACGAUUUACCACUUGGUGUUCAAACUACAGAAGACUGGACCAAUGACACUUGGGAAGAAGAUGAAAAUAAUGGGAUACAAAAUGUUGGGACAAAAGGAUCACUAAUAACUUGGAGAUUUAGGCACAAAAUUGCACUUGGCACAGCUCGUGCACUAGCAUUUCUUCAUCAUGGCUGCUCGCCUCCAAUUAUACACAAAGAUGUCAAAGCAAGCAGUGUUUAUCUCGACUCAAACUUGGAACCACGAAUUUCAGACUUUGGACUCGCUAGAAUUUUCGGGAAUGAGCCUGACUCCGAGAUAGCCGGUGGUUCACCAGGGUAUGUGCCACCGGAAUUUCUUCAGCCAGAAACCAGCUCCCUAAAGGACCCAUCACCAAAAUCUGAUGUUUAUGGAUUUGGAGUAAUUCUUUUUGAACUAAUUACAGGGAAAAAGCCUGUUGAAGAUGAUUAUCCAGAUGAAAAGGAAGCAUCUUUAAUAAGUUGGGUGAGAGGUCUAGUAAGGACGAAUCAUGCAUCACAAGCUAUUGAUCCCAAAAUUCGUGGAACAGGACCAGAGGAACAAAUAGUUGAGGCCUUGAAGAUUGGAUAUCUAUGCACAGCUGAACUUCCUUCAAAGCGGCCCAGUAUGCAACAGGUAGUUGGACUACUGAAGGAUCUUGAACCAAUCACACAAAAAUGAAUAGAAGAGAAUGUUCAGAUUUUGACAAACUUUUGUUAGUUUUUUCAUGUGAUGAACUCUCCCUUGCUGCAAUGAAGAUAUCAAACAGCAGCUUUAGUUUUAUUUGCAACUCUGCCUUGUUAUCGUAUAUGUUGUUGUUGGUUGCUAAAUGCUUGAUUCAUUUAACUUGAUCCUUAAGGAUCAUAUUGUUCAUGCAUUUUUAAUUUUUUUGUUGAUAUUCUCUAAAUUCUUGUAUGGAUUUUAAUCUUUCGACAGAUAAACGGAAUUAUUACAUAUC